AUGGACUCGAUGCGGAGCCUCAACAAGUCGCUGCCGAAGACAAAACAGCAGCCAGACGUCCAUCAGUCGUUCAAAAACGCUGCCCUGCAGCUGACCAAUCUGUACAAGUCGGCGCUGGCAGACGUCGACCGCGCCCGCAACGACGGGUACCAAGAAGCCCUGGACGACCUCCUCAGCUUUCUGGAUAAGGAAAACCUGGGCGUUGGAGACGGCGAAGGCUGGCGGAUACGGCAGUGGGCUACAGAGCGCUUCGACGGGUCACGGCACGCAAACAGCGACGAGGAUGACGAGAACGACAUGGACGACAAGCGCGCCCGCAGUUCUUCGCCUAUCAUGGAACGCAACAUCAGCCCCGAGGCAACCCGCACGCCGGACCUCCACGCCGACGCUGCUCAGAGGCCUGAUGCCGCGCCACCCGUGCAGUUGGAGGCGUCCCUCAGCGAGCCGGACAUGUCGCCACUGCACCAAGUGUUCCAGUUCUCUGCGCCACAGGCAUACCCAUCAGGUGUGAACACGGACAACGUAUUCGGUGACUUUGGUGCUGCGGCCAGACGAGCGUUUCCUACACCCCGACGCGAACGACACUCGAACCGAUCUUCGUCACGGAACCUCCAGCGGACCGCGACGCAGAAUCUCUUCCAGCUGGGCCAGGGCGCGGGCCAGAAGCGGCGGAUGAUGGACUCGUUCCAUGGCGACGGAUCCAACGACAGGCGUGACGGCGCCGGGGGAGGAGGAGGAGGAGGAGGAGGACCCAAGAGGGGGCGUAUGACAUGA